UUUCAAAGCAAAUCCCUCCCCAUAUACAAAGAAUGAAAACAAAAUAACUAGACACAAACACACAUCCCCUCCUCUACACAUAGUCACUGAUGAGAAAGACCCACCACACAGAUUAAACUAUAAACUCACCACUUAUCACACUCCGUCUCAUAAAAAACGAUCACACACACAUACACAUACACAUACACACACACAAUCAUACACAAACACACACACACACAGAGAGAACUGUGACCAAUUUUAUAUUCUCUCCAUGCGAUCAUGGAGGGAGAUGAUGAUCUCCACCACCACCAACAUCACCACCACCAUCAGCAUCACCACCGUCAAAACUUCCCAUUCCAGCUACUCGAGAAGAAAGAAGAUCAAGAAGCCGCAUCAUGCUCCACCUCCUCCCCAUACCCUUCCCUAGCGAUCUCCGCAGAACCACCCAACACAUCCAAUUCAAACCGAUCCAACCAGCUAGCGGUGGUGCCACUCUCAUCCGACCCCUCCAACAAAAAGCCAGCCCCGAAACGAACCUCCACCAAGGACCGCCACACCAAAGUAGACGGCCGCGGCCGCCGCAUCCGAAUGCCGGCGCUUUGCGCGGCCCGAGUUUUCCAGCUCACCCGCGAGCUCGGCCACAAGUCCGACGGAGAAACCAUCGAGUGGCUCCUCCAGCAGGCCGAACCAGCCGUCAUCGCCGCCACCGGCACAGGAACCAUCCCAGCUAACUUCACCUCCCUCAACAUAUCUCUCAGAAGCUCAGGCUCCACCAUGUCCGUGCCAUCUCAGCUUAGAUCCUCGUACUUCAACCCAAACUUCGCGGUUCAACAACGUAGGAGCUUGUUCCCCGGAAUCGGGUUGUCCUCCGAGAACACCAACACCUCCACCACGCUUCUGAAUUUCCAAUCCAAUAACCUAACCGCCAGCAUGUUACAGGCGAAGCAGGAGCUUCGCGACGGCGGCGGCGUCGGUGCUCCCUCUUCGUCCACGUUGGAUUUGUCAGACACAAACGCAGAAGAAGGUUUGGGAAGGAAACGAAGAACCACCGAACAAGACUUGUCAUCGACGCAGCAUCAAAUGGGGAAUUAUCUGCUGCAGUCGAGUGCAGGGGCGAUUCCAGCGAGUCACGCUCAGGUUCCGGGUAAUAUAUGGAUGGUGGCGAAUUCAAAUAACCAAGUUAUGAGUGGUGACCCAAUAUGGACCUUCCCACAAGUGAAUAACAGUGGGUUAUACAGAGGCGGCAUGUCAAGUGGGUUGCAUUUUAUGAACUUUCCCACACCCAUGGCGUUGUUGCCAAGUCAACAAUUAGGUUCAUCUGGGAUUGGCGUUGUUGGAGGAAGCAGUGGAACUGGGAAUAUGAAUGAAGGUCAUUUGAGUAUGCUUGCUGGGCUUAGCCCUUAUAGGCCUGUGAAUAUUGGUGUUUCAGAGUCUCAGGCAAGUGGGUCACAAUCACAUCGCGGUGGCACUGAUGAUCGACAUGAUACCACAAGUCACCAUUCGUAGAGGAUCAUCAUCUUCUUCUUCUUCUUCUUCAUAUACAUGUACGUGUAGUAGUUUGAUGAUGUGUUUAACACACGUGAGGUUUGGUUGAUCUUCAAAAUUGAGUUUUAUUUAUUACUCCCAAAAAUAUUAAUUUUUGGUGUGUGAUUAAUAUUUUUGAGGAGAGGGGAGGAUCCAAGAGAAGAGAAGAGAAGAGAAGAGAAGAGGGUUUUUUAGGGUUUGGGAGAUGACACUAUUUAACAAUUGGGUAUUUGGCUGCCUGCUUUUUUGUUUUUUGGGUAAAAAAAAAAAAAAUGUCUUCUUUGAGUUAUUUCACUACACGAUAUCUUAUCAUCAUUGUUUAAAUUGCUUUACCAGUAUCCUUUUAAUUGCUUUGUAAUUUUAUGCUUUUUAUGUUGAAGAGAAGAAAACGACUCACUUCCAUUCCAUGGCCUUUGCUAAGUUU